CUUCCCCAUUUCAUACUGCUUCCGGAGUUCAAAAGCCCUCCAACAGAGCACACGGAACAAAACACUACGCGAGGUUGCCAUGACAGCGGAGGAGAAGUUUAAAGCUGUGUUUUCUCCGACUGACGAAGAAGUUGCAAAGUGGAUGGACUGCGCUUUCGAAAUGGCAAAAGAGGCGUUGAACAAUGGAGAAGUUCCAGUGGGGUGUUUGCUGGUCUACAAGGACAAAGUGGUCGGGAAAGGACGGAAUGAAGUCAACGAAACGAAGAAUGCCACCAGGCAUGCAGAAAUGGUGGCCCUGGACCAACUCCUGGAUUGGUGUCGCCUUGGCAACCAGGAUGCUAGGAGUGUGUGUGAGCAAACGGUUUUGUAUGUCACCGUGGAGCCCUGCAUCAUGUGCGCCGCUGCGCUCCGCCUUAUGAACAUUCCAUUGGUGGCGUAUGGCUGCGGGAACGAGCGCUUCGGAGGCUGCGGCUCCGUCUUGGAUGUCUCUUCGGCUGAGCUGACUCGCACGGGAAAUUCCUACAAGUGUGUCAUGGGCCACAGAGCGAACGAAGCCGUGGAGAUGCUGAAGACGUUUUACAAGCAGGAGAAUCCCAACGCACCCAAACUCCAAACCAGGAAGGAGUGAGACAGAUUUUGUUUGAAUGUUUUGUAUUUGUUUUCUGUUGUUAUUUUGAAUACAGUCUAAGCUAGGCGUGGCAAAGUCUCCCGCCAUUACACCUGAUUCAAGUGAUGAGCUCAUCAGCAAACUUUGCAGAAGCCUGAUAACGAUCCUGAUCAUUUCAUUCUGGUGUGUUGGAGGAGAGAAAACGUGGAGGAUAGCGGCGAGGACCGGAGUCGCCCACCAUGGUCUACUCUAAACUACCAAGUGGCAUGUUUGAAAAAGAGUCACUUCAAAUAGCCUGCCAGCAGGGGGCGCAGCCGAUGAACUGACAACUUUGUACUACUGAAUUUGCAAUUUUGACUGCAUCUUACAAGCAUUACAUUGCUUGUCACAACCUUCCCUUCACACUUAACAGGAAAAUGGUAGCGCCAAACGCACUUCUACUCAUGAGCAUGCAAAUAUAUGCAAAUGUAGGGGGGGUAUUUGAGCGUUUGGAUGUCACCGCAGAGGAAGAGAAGAUGGCUGAAGAAGAGAAAGCACACACUUGUCAGAUUUCAAAACGAGCAUCGUCGAAUAGGAGACGUCACUUUUUGGAAAAGUGAGACGACAGCACCCGUGAAAAUGAACAACACAUUUCUUUUUUUUUAAGACAGUAAAGAGUUGCGUUGAUGUCAUUCUAACGUCCCUAAUGAAGUGUCUGGUGAGCGUGAAAGGACAGAAAGGACAAAGAGCAACUUUGUGGAUUUAUUGUUUAUUAAGUUAAACAUUCAAACCUGAUCCAAUAAAUAUGCUUUAUAUGCA